GAAGUGUACACCACUGUCAGGCAGCACUUUGAGAGUACCAGUCAAGAACCACUCCACAUCAUCAUCAAUGGUACUGCUGGUACUGGUAAAUCAUACCUUAUCAACUGCUUGAGGUUGUUGUUAGGUGGUAGUGUCAGAGUAGCAGCACCAACAGGAGUGGCAUCUUUUAUCAUUGAAGGAAGGACACUCCAUAGUCUCCUGCAUCUUCCAGUGAGAGGUGACUUUAAGGAAAUGGAAGGAAGCAAUCUCCAAAAGAUGCAAGAUGAAUUGUCAUCUACCAAAUACCUUAUCAUUGAUGAGAUGUCAAUGGUGGGGAGGAAGAUUUUUGGUAUGAUUGCUAGGAGAUUAAGGCAAGCAUUUCCUAGCAAGUCACAAGUUCUGUUUGGUGGUUGCUCUGUUUUUUUAUUUGGAGACUUUGGCCAGCUGCCACCAGUAAUGGACCUUCCUUUAUACACUUCUGUCACACGUUCAGAUCUAUCAGACCAGGGGUACAGAGCAUACAGUCAGUUUGAGACAGCAUUCACUCUGACCCAACUGUUCCCUACUGUUGAAGCUGUUGUUAAUCACAAUGUUGCUAUGUUACGUGAGUGUGGUCAUCCUAUUGCUACCAUCAAGGCAGUACACACUGGAGCCAAUGCAGCCAAAACUCCACCUGAUGAUGCUGGUGGCUUGGAACCAGUUGUGAUGCUAGCAAGAACAGCAAGAGUGAUGCUAACUAGCAACUUGUGGGUUGAAGUGGGAUUAGUUAAUGGAGCAAUGGGAACAGUUGAAGCUAUCUGCUACAAGGAAACCAUGCCUCCUCAUCUACCAGUGGCUGUCAUGGUACGGUUUGAUCAUUACACUGGACCAACUGUGCAUGAUGGAACAGUACCAAUCACUCCAAUACGUCAUAAUUGGUCUUCUUCAGGUGGUCAGUGUUCACGCCUUCAACUACCACUCAAGCUAGCAUGGGCAGUGACAAUCCACAAGUCCCAGGGGCUCACUCUCGACAAAGUGGUCAUUGAUGUAGGAAAGAAAGAGUUCUCUUGUGGAUUAACAUUUGUUGCCUGCUCAAGAGUGAGAAAGUUGAAGGAUAUACUGUUCAUGCCACUAUUUCCUCUCCCAAGACUCAAGAGCAUUGCUAAUAAUAAACGUCUUCAGGAAAGGAAAGAAGAAGAUCAACGUCUGCUUAGUCUUCAGGAAACAACAGCUGAACCAACUAUUGAAGACACAUCUCACAUGGAGUGGAUAUGACACCUCCAGUAUCAGCUAAUGCCACCUUCUUAAUAAGAUUAGU